CAGCUCUGAAAUCCAAAUUCCCUUUCCUCCCUCGGAAUCCAUUCAAACCAAAACCCCCCUCCCUCUCCCUCUCCUCAGGAAUCUCUCUCUCUCUCUCUCUCUCUCUCUCUCUCUCUCUCUCUCCUCUGUAAUCUUCUUGUUCUUCUGGCUUUGUUCUUCCUGUUAUCUGUGAAGAUGCAUCGGUCGGGGAGCACGUCUCGAGCCUCCGAUGAAUUCUUCGUGAGCAUGUCUCCACAAAUCAAAGGAUCGCCAGGCUUCAAGGCGGUCGAGAUCGAUCAGCUUCCGACGUACAAUCCACUCUCUGACAUCGGUAAGAAGGAGACUUCCCGCCUCAGAUCAGCCGAAAGUGCGGUCCACAUCAUACCGAUGGUUCUGAUCGUAUGCGCAGUCAUCCUCUGGUUUUUCUCCCGCCCAGCAGUGGAUCUGGGGAAUAAGGGUGAUUCAGUUGUUGCCAGCGUCACAGGGCUGAAAACUGACCGUUAUGGCAAUCAGACCGCAUCGCCACUCGCCAUUCGAAAGGAUGAUUCUCACCCAUUAGAGCGGCUUGUGGAUGAUGAUGCUGAAAGAUCUUCUGAGAAAAAAUCCAAUUAAGGGUGGUUCUAUUCUUGUUUAGGAGGGAGAUGGGAUAGCUCAUUUUGAUUUGGUUCAUUCAAUUCUGAUGAGGGUCAUUUCCUCAUGAGAGGUCCGGAUAAUCUACUGCAAUCUAGUAUUCUUUGUAAUUGGAAUUGAUUUCUUGAUUGUAACUGAAAUUCAUUUCAUGAUCAGAGAUUGAGACCAUCUCAGCUUUCCUGCUUCGCCA